AUGCGGACACCACUGCUUUGUGCCACCGAUCGGGGACAUCUGGGGAUUGUCAAACUACUGCUGGGAGACCCGAGGGUUGACCCCGUGCGCCGAGAUGCUCGUGGAUACAGCGCCCUCCACUACGCGGCAGAGGAUGGAGACGUGCAACUUGUGGACCUCUUCCUCGCUGACGGCAGUAUCGAUGUGGGUGCCCGGAACUAUCACGAGUCAACUGCUCUCCACCUCGUAGCCAAGGCUGGACAUAUAGGAGUGGUAAACCGACUACUGAUGGCAAGCGCAAUCGAUUGUAAUGCGAAGAACAGGAAAGGCCGUACAGCGUUAUGGAAUGCAACUCGCCAGGGUCACGACCAAGUAGCAAGCCGUCUAUUGAUUGGCGAAGACUUGGAAGUGAAUUCCACCGCCACCGGCGAGUCCACGGAUCGGUCAACUUCCCUGCAUCAUGCAGUUAAAGCGAGAAAUCUAGCACUUGUCUACCAGCUACUGGCCAAGUCAAGUGCGGACCCGAACGUGCCCGAUGAAGGUGGACGGACACCUCUUUGGUGGGCCGCUGCUGUGGGCGACUUGCUUCUCGUCAUGUCCCUUCAGGACGACCCGCGAACACAACCAGAUAUAAGAGAUCAUAAUGGACUGGCCCCGGUGGAUAUCGCCAGAUCUCGCAAUGAUCACGAAGUUGUCCGCCUCCUGACGAACUGUCGUCAUCAUUGCCCUGCGGUUAUAUUCGCCGAAGUAGUGAUGAUUGUGAUACUUAUUCCUAUUUUAUUACUGUUAUCCCUGGCAUCCGUGGUUAGGCGGGCGCUCGCUCGCGUCUGCAUUUUGUGA